AGAACUGGAAUGUCAGCGUUCCGGGUCUCGUGUACUUUGCCGAAUAUAUUCGUGUGAUUUAGUGUCUUGUGAUUGUUUAUGGAAGCUUAAAAUUAUCGGAAGGCAUUACUGAAGCUGAGGCCUAGAAUGAGCAUAUUAUUAUUCAGAAAUGAAACCUAUUCAUAUGGAACAAUUCCACAGAAGGCCCCAUUUAUUUGAAAGUCAAGCUUCCAAAUAUUAUGGUGCUCAUUAGGAAGUAAAAGAAGGUAAGGGAAAUACAGAUAUAAAGCGUCGUCAUGCUCAGUUUUCGGGACCUAGUCGAGUCGAUGGAAAGCGGCUUGAGAGAGAAUCGGUUAGAGUGUGACGAGUUUAGCAAGCGGGAAACGAUAAACUUCGAGACUCUGAAGAAGUUGAAGGUAGAGAAUCAGGCUGACGAUGUGAGUAGCCCGGCCCUCCCAGUGAAGGAGGAACCUCAUGAAGUAAACGCAAGUAUUUGCAAGGAGGAUCAUGUUUCUGAUGAGGAUUAUAGUCCUAUGCAUAAACACAUCCAUCGCGAGAAUUCAGCUGAUAUCUCGAACGUUACACAGUCACAAUUAGGAGGGCUUCGUUGUCAACUGACGAAGUCAGAGAGAGGUUUGACCAACGAAAUGGUGCGAAACUUGGGUCAGAGAAAAGGUCAUUGUGAAAAUUGUUUGAAAAUAGUUGAGUAUAAAAGUACAUUAGAUGCAGCCCCAGUGCCUGGCAGUUAUCCUCGUUGUUCUGUAUCCCCGUGUGAACAUAUUCCUAAUGACAGUUGUGUGCAAAGCAGCGGACCUAACAGAGGACACCAGGUGUCUGCCCAGUCGAACGCGCUCGACGAAUUACUUAGUGAGGACGUGAGGAUGGUUAGAAAGAGCAGAGAUGCGAAUGGUCCCUCAGCAAACUUGUUUGGGAAAUGUGAAUUGGAAAUAGAGAAUGACGUAAGUGCUUCCAAAACCGAUUGCCACCGAUUUCCAUUGACUUCAGAUCCCAGAGAAACGAGCUCGGUGAAAUUAUCAGCGGUAUGUGAAGGUGGCGAUGGAAUGCGUACUACCUGGGAAGCAAAUACCGGGAUUCGUACGAGUACAGAAUGCAGACGCGUAAGAGUUACUACUCCAGAACAUACUGAGCUCUUGAGGUGCGAUUUUUGCGAUGCAACUUUUCGAAGCAAAGCCCAGCUGGAGAACCACGAGAAAUUCCAUUCUCCAAUUCGCCCAUUCCAGUGUCCCGAGUGCCCGAGAAGGUUCAACCAGCUCUCUCACCUCAACAUUCACAAAAGGACCCACAGCGGGGAGCGGCCGUUCGAGUGCCCCACUUGCGGGGCAAGAUUCAGUCGGAAGGAUAGACUCAGGUCUCACUUGAGAGUCCACACAGGAGAAAAGCCUUAUGCUUGUCCUAGAUGCAGCAGGCUCUUCAAGUAUUCCUGGGAUCUGAAGGACCACUUGAAAACCAAACACCCCAGCCAAGGCUUGUUCCAGUGUCGCAUUUGUCACGUGUCCUUUGCCAAUCUUACGACUUUCACAUCCCACUGGGAAACGCAUAGGUAGACGUGGAAAUCAGGCACGUACCAGGGGGCUGUGUUAUGCAUUUGAAUCAUAUACAUUUCCUGCAUCAAAUUACAAUCAUAAUCGUUUUUAGUGACUGUAAUUUUGCCUUUACCUUAUUUUUAACUAUUUUGAGUGAGUUAAAUUACUGUCAGAUGAAUACAAAUGAAAAUGAUACUUUCUCACUUCAGAUUUGCUUAAUUUUUUCCACAAAAACAGCACUCACCUUAUCAGCGAUCUAUGACAAGGGCACAGUGAACUUUUUUGAUUAGCGCUAGGUAUGAUUCCUAGAGUGGACUGAUAUCAGACUUUUAGACUUAACAUUUCAAGCAAUUUCUACUUUCUUGCAUUUUUUUUUACAGUGGCUAAUGUAGGCACCUCUGUGGAUUGUCGUGAUACAUGUUUUAGAAGGUUAUUUGUAAAUGAAUAAAGCACCCCAGCCUUCAGAUUCACAAUAAGUGUUGUGAAGCUUGUGACCUUUCUGACAAAUGGUGAAUCAGCAGUCAUCAGCAUGAAGCACCCUUCCUUUACCUUCAAAUUCACGUAGUAAAGUGUGUGACCUUUCUGGCAAAUGCUGAAUAAGCUGUUGUUGAUAUAUCUUCGUUUUACCAAACCACUGAGCUAAUUAACAGCUCUCAUAGGGCUGGCCCGAAGAAUUAGGUAUUUUUACGUGGCUAGGAACCAACUGGUCACCUAGCAAUGAGACGUACAGAUUAUUGUGGGAUCCGAGAAAUGAACUUCUAGUAUCACCAGAAAUAAAUUCCUCUGAU